AUGGAUAACUUGAAAACUUCGGAGCGAUUUUUCCACAAGUCCUCCUCAUUCAGCAUCAGCAGCCUGUUGUUGAGACGAGAGGGAGUGAUGGGUGACCCGGAGGCUCCUUCUCCGUCCCAGAAACUGCGCUCCGCACAUCCAGAGACACCCAGUCAAGAGGGAAACAACUCUGUCCCCAAAUUACGCACCAAAGCAGCAGAAGCCAACACGGCGGCUCCAAAUGGAAAACGACAAGGACAUAAAGAGGAAUCCAAGAAAAGCAGGGGAGCAGAAGAAAGUGUCAAACCUGAGAAACCAUCUUUCAGUUAUAACGCGCUCAUCAUGAUGGCGAUCCGCCAGAGCCCGGCACGACGGCUCACACUCAACGGCAUCUACGAGUUCAUCAUGGACAACUUCCCCUACUACCGGCAGAACAGACAGGGGUGGCAGAACUCAAUCAGGCACAACUUGAGUCUGAAUAAGUGCUUCGUUAAGGUGCCGCGCCACUACGAUGACCCGGGUAAAGGCAACUACUGGAUGCUGGACCCCUGCAGCGAGGACGUCUUCAUCGGUGGCACAUCUGGGAAGCUCCGGCGCAGGACAGCAGCUGGCUCCAGAACCAAGCUUGCAUUGAGAAGAGGAGGAGGAGGAGGAGGAGGAGGAGGAGGAGGAGGAGGUCGUCUGAUGUCCUCCAGCACCGCAACCAGCCUGACCUUGGCCGCAGCGGGGUCGUUUUACUGGCCGGUUCCGCCGUUCCUGCCUCUCCAAACACCUGUACGCACCCACCUCGGCGCCGGGACUUACCUGAGUGCUCACCCACGCUUCCCCAACCACUCCACCUCGAUGGUGUCGCAGAGGUCCCGGUUGAGCUCAACAGGUGGUGCAGACGCAGACCGGCUCGUGCAGACGCACCAGGAGAUGUCUUAUAUUGGACUCAGUUGCGCGCAGUCCCGACGCCAUCAGAUUGGCACCGCCUGCACCGCUUUCUCCACCUCCAUCCCAGCGUGCACCCUGCCGCUGUCGGAUCCCUACUCCUUUAACAUGAUCUCCGGACAGGCCAGCUAUUUCUACUCUCAUCACCACAUACCGUGUGGCGCGGCGUUUAGUCCGUGCCAAGAGGAGUGCGCCGUGUCCAAGACGUCACCGGGACAUUUCUUACCCAAGAACGGCCACUCAGACCUCAUGGGGUUCUGCAAUGACUUUCCACAUUACUGCCCUCAAGUCAGCUCAAGUCCUCCUUCGUCUUGGAAUAUAGAGAAAUAAAGCAACAGUCAUAGUACAAAGUUUAAAAAAAACAUCUCUGUGUUUAGAUUAAGAAAGUUGACAAAUGAAAGGCCAGAGCGUUUUACUGAA